AUGGUAUCUGAUUUAACCCAGGCCAUCCCUUACCUUUCUUCUGUUGCGACUGAAGCCUUACUAGACCAGAUGAAGGCUGACCAGGGAGACACGUGCUCUAGUUCAGAUAUCUCCUCAGCAGCGGCUGAAAUCGUGGAAAUCCUACUUGAGAAGCUUCAAUUUGCAGUUGAGAAAAAAUGUAUUGAGAUAUUUUCACAGGAAGAUUUGGCAGCCUGGUUUAAACCAGAUUUACCAAUCAGCGAAGAACAAUUGAUUUCACAAGGAGAGGAACCUUUAAAAGCACCACUGCCUUAUCGUUUGGAAAGCAUGACUGGCAUUACAGAGGAUAUAGUGCAUGUGAUUUUAGAGAAGCUGAUGGUUCUUGUAUCUCCUCAACAUGAACGACCGGAUACAGCUAAUUUAAUGUAUGCAGAAGAAAUACGAAAUUUAGUGUUGAACAUUUUUUCCCAGUCCUCUCUGGUUGCUUAUAUUGAAGAUGCAGUCAGAGCUAUACUAGGUUACAUACAAAUUGGACUUGAUAACGAAAGCCUUAUUGCAACUGAAGAAACAGUGAUUAUCCAUAGGCUACUGGAUGAUAUCUUACCUCAGCUACCUCGAGGGCCAAGUAAAGCAAAUAUCCGAAAGGGCAGACGCCCCAGACUGAGAAGUCCUUCUGGCACUGAAGAAAAGAAGGGACUCAUGGGCACUAGGGCAGCUAAUGGUCCUAGGUCAAGAAGACCAUUCCCACCUAUUAAUGUUCCUGGCAUGGUCCUUUAUUCUGAAGAUGAAAAUGAAGAAGUAGACAAAAGUGUGGGAAGUGUGCUCAUGUCAUCUAUUAAAGAUGAAGAAGAAAACUUACAAGUUCCUGAUAACUUGUUAACACGGAGAAAUGCUGGUUUAAAACAUGAAAGAAACAUCAAGUCACCUACAAAGACUGCUUGUCGUAGCAGAAUAGCAUUUCGUGACAGGAGAUUAAAGACUGACCAUAAUAAUGAGGACCUUUUUAAGGAAAAGCACUGUUUGAAUCAACAUGUUUUGAUUUUAAACAAAGAUGAAACACAUCAAAUACAAAAAACAUCAGAAAACAUAAUUACAAGUAUUUUAGCAGAAAUGCUCAAAGACACAGCUUCUGGAUCCUCUGUAUACUUAGACAAUAAAGAUGGUAAAGAAGUUUCCCUUAACUCAAGAAAACCACAAAGUCUGUCACAUCAAGAAUGGAAGGACCAAAUGUUCUCUGUAUCAGAAAUACAUUCAGUGGCUCAGGAAGUAGCAGAUACUGUGUUAAAAAUACUUCAUAUGACUUUAAGUCAUGCUGUUGAUGCCACUAAAGAUGCCAUGUCUUCUUCGUUGAUGGAUCAAGAGUCUCUGAAUGAUGCUGACAUGCUGAACAAAGACCCAUUAAAAAUAUGGUUUCAAAGUGCAAAUAAAAUGAAAUUUUUAUCUUCACUGAGCAUAGACUACACAAAGCCUUUCUGGUUAGAAUCUGGGGAAAUGCAGUCAACACCUGAAACUGUAGUUGAAAUUAAUGAUAAGAUCAUUGAUGCAGUUUUUAAAAGGCUGAAGUCAUUUAUUUCUCCAAAACUGCAAAAGUGCUUCAAACCAGAAGACCAUGCUGCUAGUUCAAAGCCAGCAAGUUGCCACCUACUGGCCACGAAAUCUGCAUUUCAAUUGCAGCUUGGUGCUUACACAACUAAGGUGGUAAGCAUUGUUUUGGGUGCUAUCCAUGAUGAACUGGAACGUAAUAAGAAAAAGCUAAAUCUUAGGGAGAGUAGCCCUCCUACGAGCUUUACGGAGACAGGAUUUUUUGCCAACACCGAAAAGGAAUUAGACUCUGUUGUCACAAAUCUCAAUAACGACAUUAUGACAAGUUCCUUAGUAAUUUGUAUUUGUGAAAUGCUAAGUGGAACUACAGAUGAAAGUAAUGUUCCACUCCCUUCAGAUAAUCUAAAGGUAAACAUUUCAUAUGAAACUGCCAUCGCUGAUGAAGAAAACAAUUCACCCUCUCACUGUCUUCCUAUGCAAGAGGCAGCUCCCUCUGAAACUCACACAUGUUUAGCUGCUCCACAUACUUACAGUUGUGCCUUUAAUAAAAAGGACUUGGAAAAGAAUGCUAGAUUUCAAGUGUUAAAUAGAAUUGAGGAUACUUUGCAUGACAUGUUAUACAAACUCAUAGGAAACCAUCCAUGCUUUCCCACAUCUGAUAAUGAGCAAAACAGAAAGUGCACCAGUGAGAAACUGAGAACAACCACUGUGUUGCAAUCAAAUAUUCAGUUCAUUUCUAAUAAACUUCUAGAAGAUAUUGUUACAAAAUUAUGUAGUGUAGAGAUGGAUAGCAGCUUCUCCAACUCUGACUUUAAAACUAUCUUAGAGUAUCUCAACACUGACAGCCUGUCAUUUGCUUCCCUUAUGGAGGAAAUGACUAAAUGCACUGACAUAAUCUCCAGCAUGGUGUCCAGUGUGAUCAAGAAAGACAGUCAAGCAAAAACUGCUGCUCCCAAAAUAGGAAGCACAAAAGAAAGCCAUCCAAAUAAACUGAAAGUCCUGGUUUCUGAUAUCCUUAAAAUGGUUUUUGCCAAACUGCAAGGGUUUGCCAAUAAAAAUUUAGAAAUUCUAAGCAUUCUGAUCAAUGGAAAGGAAAAGAGCAGUAAGAUGGACUGGGAAAGUGGAAGUACCAACGUUUGUGCUGACAUUUGUGCACUCGACGAAGAACAAGUGCAGUCUGCAUUACACGUGAAUGCCAAAAAAGUAUCAAGUGCUAUUUUGAAAUCUAUUCAAACAGAAUUAAAUGUGAGCCUGCCAGGUGUGGGGACAUGUGUGAACAACCUACUGCCAAAUAAACAAAUGCUGAAGAAUCUAGUCAAUUUAAUUUUAGAUGCCAUGCCCCCAGAUAUGUUUAGUGAAACUGAACUUGAAGCGAGAAGCACUGAAAAUUAUAGAUACAGGCCAACCUAUGGAAAUUUUCUUCCUGGAGGAACUGAACCAGAGUCAAAUCUAGAAGAUCCUGUGCAGACAGAGAAAGAAUGUCCCGGAGAAAAAAGACCACCCGAAGAAGAAACUAAAUCAGAUUCAUCUAAGCAAUUGGAACUCGAAAUGACCUUUAAAAAAAUUGAAGUAGAACUCAAAGAGCCACAAAAAUCCCCAGUCGUGCCCAUUAUAAGAAAUAUUUUGAAUGAAAUAUUUGAGAAUGAUUUACUUGAUCAUUUUAAUGUGCUUCCUCUCCCAUGGCCCCAUUCAUAUGACAUCCCUCAUGCUGGUGAUGAGAUGGUUGCUCAAGCAUCUGUUCAAUUCCCGAGUAAAAGAACGGCUUCCCUAGUGUCUGAAGCUGAUGUAAUCAUUGUUACAGGUGGUGUCAUCCGAACCAUCUUUCAAAAACUUUAUUCAGUUGCCAUGACAGAGAGGAAUGCAAAUGAAAAUAGAUCUAGCUCUUUUCUCGAACACACCAGUGGAGGAAAGGCCACAAUAUGUUCAGCCAUACUGGACAGAAAUCCAUGUACAUUUCAGUCCAGACUCACUGUUGAUAAACUGACCAAAGUAAAUGUAGUUGAAGAUAUUAUACAGUCAGUAUUAACAAAUUUAGAAAUAUUUGCUACUUCCAAAGUAAAAUCUCUCUUUUGUCCUCAUUUUAAUGUCACAGUUCCAAUGGCUUUAUCAAUGCAUCAGAAUGAGACUAUAUUAAGCCAACCAUGGUUAUCAACCAAAGAGUCAUAUUCUAGUGAUCAAAUAUCCUGUUACAUAGUGGAUCAUAGUAAGUCAGGAAAGACCAUCUCAGUAUGUCAGAUGACUGUCUCCAAAUUAAAUACAUAUGCAACAAAAGUGGCUAGACAAGUUUUACAAGGAAUCAAACAUAAGUUGGGUAAACAAAUAAAAAGUCCAUUCUUCACUCAUAACGUUGUGGCUUCCGAAAGUAUCCCAUGUCAGAUUGUUGACACAAUGUUAGAUAUUACAUCUAUUAAAGGAAAAUAUGAAAACCACAUAUCUAACAAAGAGAUUGAUUUAAAUCAGCCAGAAAGUAUUGCUGAAAAGCUGUUCAAUAAAACUGAUUAUCAGAGACAACUUCCGUUUCAAAUACUGGAUACAAUUGAAGGCAUCUUAAGUGACAUUUGUGAAAAAACAUUGGAUGAGAAUGAUCUCCACCUUACUGCAUCUACUCUUCAGUGUAAUAUAGAUUCAGGACCAAACUCUAAAAUGGUCACUGAAUGUGCAAAUAAGGCUACUUCAAAGUUUUUAGUUCCUGAGUCUUGUGUUACAACGAUGUCCAAUGAUAUGGUUAAUAUUGUUCUUCAUAGUCUUAGAUCCACUGUCAUGCUUGGCAUAAAUGCAGAGGAUUCUAUUUCUGCAAGGUUGCCUCCGACUUUUUCUAAUGUACUUCCAGAAGCAGAGUGUCAACCACCUUUUGUUGUGGAAUCAACUAAUGAAAGGAAUAGGGAGAACUUUCUAUUCGCAAGAAAAGGAAAAAGUAUACAGCAAAUAUCAGCUUAUUCUGACGAUGAUCAGAUUAAUAUACUUAGGAAACAAAACACGAAGAAAUCCCCUUCUGACCCAUGUGAAGAAAAUGCUCACUUCAUUACUAAAGCUAUUUUUAAUAGAUUAAAGUCUUUUGUCAUGGAAAGAAUAGAUAUGCUAAUAACUUUGGACUCUCAGACUAGAGAAGAAUCAUUUGUUAGCCCAAAAUUUGCAAAUUGUCAACAAGACGAUAGCCUAUUUCCUGGAUCAAACCAAAUGCCGUCAGAUGUGAAUAUCCUGAAAAUAUCGACAGCUGAAACCAUUCUCAGUCAAGGGAUCACAGACCACACAUUAGCUAGUUAUAGGCAAAAACAUGGGCCUGUGAUUCAUAUAUCACAUGGUAUUCUUAAAGAAUGUGCUGACAUAAUUGCCAGUACCAUUUUGAUGCUUAUUAAAAAUGACAUAGACCUAGAAAUGCAAAAGAUGUAUUCAUAUCCAAACAAAACGUGGUCUCAAGAAAACAUAAUUGUGAGUGACACCGUCAACAAUAUCUUAAAGCAUUUAUAUGAUAAAAGAUCUUUAAAGAAAAGUAGUUUUCACUCAAAGCAGAACCCUCACCUCUUUACACAACUAACUAUACAAAAUGAAAUGUUGCCAGGUCAAGGCAAGAUAGAAGACAAUACUAAACCGUCUCUCUUUUUAAAAUGUGUAGAUCAAAACCUAUCAAAAAAAGAAAAUCAGAGGAAGGUUUUGGAUGAGAUAUUUAUGAGAAAUGGAGAAUCUGGACAGGAAAAACCAACUGCUUUGUUAAGUUCAAUUAAGAAAGUCUUAAAAAAGGUAUAUCAAAGAGUAUCACAGGAUGUAGACCAUUUGCCUCCCUUUAAUGAACCCCCCUACUUGACAUCUGAUUCUAAAUUUAAAACAUCAGCCUCUGUGUGGAAAAAGACUCUGCAAUCACAUAUAAACAGUGUUGCAAAUGACAUAGUUGAAAGCAUUUUUGGAAAAAUGUUCUUGAUAGUUACGGUAUCUUUGCAUGAAAAUCAAGGAACCAGAGGAGAAUUGGAUGCUUCUGGUAGUGACAAACCCUCGAUGACUCCAUCGCCCUUUAGGAGACUGAACAAAGCAGAGAAAAGGAGGGCUCCUCCUGAGUGCAUGCUCCAGUCAGUUUAUCCUCCUACAGGUUUUACAACUCUCACUCCACUGGAACUUGCCAGGUUACAAUAUUCUCCAUUGCGUGUGAGUGAAGAAUUGGUCCAGAUGGCCCUCAGUAAGAUCAUAAAUUUUGCUUUGCUGAAUUUAAAAGAGAGUUCAUCUCCUAAAGGCCAGUCUAAUGAAAUGCGAUCUCUGAGGUCAUGCAAUUCUAAAGCAUUUAGGAGUAUGCCUAAGCCAGGUUUAAAAAUAAAAGCAGGAUCAAAAGUUACCUCUUUGCCUAAAUUUGGAGCAAAACCACAGGUAGGAGUUAGUCAUGUUAAGGCCAAGGAUAAGACCAAGUCAGGUCCUGGAGAAAAGACUCCAAGAAGCAUCCGGUCCAAGAUUGCCCUUGGGCUGCAGCAGGUGCCUUCAACCAGAGAUUCUAAAAACUUAGUGGGAACAAAACUGCCCACUGCAGAACUCAAAGUGUAUGCCAAGGAUAUAGUAAGUGAUAUUCUGGAAGCAAUUAUGAAAGAAUUGCAAACAGUAAGGCAAAAUAAAUCAGAGAUAAAUGUAAACGAGUUCCCUUCCGAUCAAAUCAGGACAGCGAGUGAAAUCGUUAAUGCAGUUUUUCAAGGAUUAUGUGCUGUCAAGAACAACAACUUGGCUCAUCUGAUGAAAUGCUCACGGCCAGAUGAUCUCAAACUUGCCCAGAAGAAUUUAAGUGUAAUCUCUUUCACCAGUCCAGAACAGUUUUCAUUGGAGAAUGUUUCUUCACAGGUAGAAAAUUUUUUUUCUAAAGAAGACACUUUUAAACAAAUGUUUGAUAAAUGGCAAACAGAAUCCUAUGCCAUGGAAAAUGAGACAUCCAAACUAUUGAUGAUAGCCGAGACUGUUUUGACUAAAAUUUUAAUAAAAACAAAAGAAUUAGAAGAGUCUGUUUCACUUUUAAAUCUGUCACCUCUUGAGGCUUGUGAAAUCAGGGACCAUGAUAUCAAAAGAGCUUCUUCUAAAGUUGAAGAUGCCCAAGCCCAAAUUAAUGUAUUUAGCAGAGAAAUUGUUGAAAUCCUAUUUGAAAAAUUAGAGCAGUGCUUCUUGACACACCUGCUGCUAACUGAUAGUAAAGAAACUCUAGUAAGCAAGCAAGAAACUACUACUGGAAGUAAGUAUGGUUCCUCAAGAACAAACCACCUUAACAACGUACCAAUGUAUGACACGAAGUCGGAAGACAAAACUGCAGAGGAUUCAGGCAAUCGAAUUGCUCAAGAUAUCAUCGAAGAAGUUCUACACAGUUUGGAGUCUUUCGUAGACCUACAAUUUGAAAGUAUUUCCCUUCAUGCUUUUUCUGAAAUUGUGAAGAUACCUGUCAAAAACUUAUUUCCAUCCCUGCAGAAACCAUUAAUGAAAACGAUAUUGCCAGAAUUACAGCCACAAAGUAAGUUUCUUGAUGAAUCUAAAUCAAGUAGUAUGAUUUCCCAGGAAAACAUACAGAACGCCCUUCGACAGCUACAUUCAUUCCAAUCAGAACUGCUCACGUACACGGCUAAUACUGUUACUGACAUGCUUGGUAUAAUUAAGAACAAGCUAGACAGAGAAAUACACCAAGUGGAAUCAUCUUCGGUUAGUGUAUUUGAAGAAAAUAUAGUAGCAAGUGAGAUUGUCAGCAUGCUAAUGGACCAGUGUAGUCAUUUCUAUGAAUCAAUGAUCAAAAACCAUCCAAAGGAAAAUCUUACCACAGGAACUGAAAAUGCCUACUCUGUUAAUUGGGCUGAACCGGCGCCUGGAGAGGAAUCAACCACUUCAGUGUUAAAGGGAGUUAGCUGUGAGGAUGAUCCUUCACAAAUCAAAGUUCCUAACUUGGUGUUUUACUCAGAAGAAGGUAUGAAACAAGAGGACAGGGCUUCCACAAAUCUACCUGCAGUACCCCUGAGGGACUCUGUAGGGUAUACUAUUAAAACCCCAGAGCCAAUGGGAAAGCUUGAAUCAGAACUUAAUCCAUCAUGUUCUAGAAAUGAAAUCCAUGACCUCGGUCAAUUUAAUCAAACCAUGAAAGGAAAUAGCUUUCUGCCUGAAGACAGUAUCUUGCAAAAACCACCUAAGAAAUCCAGUCACUCUGCUGAAGUAAUGGUAACACAAUCCAUGUCCUCUGUGGAAAUAGGAGAAAGUGAAGAUCAAGGAGUACUUUACUGUGAGUCCCCCAAAUCAGCUGUUAGAGUAAACCAAAGGCAGACAACUGUUUCUAUGCUCAAAAUAUGCUUAGCUGCCGAAAAUAUUGUUAAUACCAUGUUGUUGAGUUAUGGCUUUCCAGGUCAACUGCCACACAUUAAUGAAAGUGUGGAAACUAUUAAGCCAUUUUUUGCAUCAAAAGAGACUCCUUUGUCUGCAGAACAAAAGGAUGAGGAAAAAAGCUUGUCAAAAAUACGAGGGAAAAGAAUCAACUAUAAAACUGAGGAAAAAACCAAAAGCCCUGAAGCCAGCGGGAAAGAUUUCCCUUUACUGGACAAGUGGAAAAGUAAAAAGUCCCCAAAGACAGGGAAAAUAGAAGCUCUUGAAGAGGCCAAAGUAAUUGCCUUUGCCAGUCAGGACCUGGGCCCAAAUGAAACCCAUCUAAUAGCAACAUACGUUACUGCAUCCGUGGUCAAGCACUUCAAGAACUUGGAAAACAGAGGUCCUCAUGAUGAAAAAGUACCUAUUUCUACAUUGUCAAGGGAAAAAUAUGAAUCAAAACAGCCUCUAAGAAGCGCACACAGUGACUCUUCACUUAAUCAAUUUUGUGAACAUCUCACUAAAUUGGUUCUUUCCCAUAUAAUUUCAUGCAUUUCUGAUUGCACCAAAGAGGCUGGAGUAAAACAGAAAGCACUGGACAACCAAGAUGCCACGUCUAGCAAAGUUAUUUUAGUUCAUUCCUUAAUGGGUGAGAGCCAGCCAAUUCCUAUCAGUGAAAUUGCUUUAAACAUUUCAGAAAUCAUUAUUCGCAUCCUUUUUAAUAGUGACAUCUUACAGGCAGACAGUACACAAGAAAUGGUUUCUGUGAAGACAAAAUAUAUUUACUGCCCAAGAGAAGAUGUAGUUGAUAUCGAUGACCUCUUUCAGGAUCUCUUAAUUGGAGUGACUCAUGUUCUGUCCAAAGAAAUAGGAAUAAAUCAUCAGCCUGACAGCAAAGGAAGAAACGAAUCAUUUUCUGUGCUUAGAAGCCCUAGUUUGCCGGUGUGCAGCCAAACCAAAACUGUGAAAAGACAGACAGGCCUCAGAGAUUGCAGACCUGCUUCUACUCACCAAGUGAAGCAUGUCCUACGGGAAAAUCAAUUAAAUUAUCUGGCAUGUAAGUUAGGGAGUCUAGUUGGUAGCCUAAAAUCUCGUGAAUCCAAAGAAGUAGUCGAUAAAAUUUUUAAUAUUGUUUUAGAUUUGUUUUCGCCAGGUGAAUGCCCAGAUUGGGAUAUGGAUUCUGGUAAAACACCAAGAAAUAUGUUCCCACCCUCAAAUAACCAGCAAAGUGGCCACAUACCUGGAAAUAACCUAGGGCUUUCCCCAAAAUCUGUUUUUCUGCUGAAUGUUGUAUGUGAGAAACUUAUUCACGUACUUUUGGAAGAAUGCACAACCAACAACUUCCUUAUAAAUGGCCCUUUAUCAGAUGAAAUCCCAGCAGAAGAAUAUCAGCUGUUCAACAAACUUCAAAAUGAAGAGGAUGAAGAAUUUGGUUAUUGUAGGGAAACUACAAAAUAUGACAUUUCAGACCUGUUGGAAGAUCUAGCAGAAACAGAUCAAGAAUCCAUGCUUAGUAUUAUUUCCCAUAGCAUGGUAAAAUCUGUAAUGGAAAAACUGUCGCACAGUAUACAGCAACCCUCCAGAAGUCCACCUUAUGCUAGCAGGCAUUUAAAGUAUAGAACAAAAGAGAGACUUUCUAGUUUCCCAAGGCCAAAAAUGCCAGAAUUUAGAGAAUCAAGACAGGGUAAAGACUCCAUAAGAUUCAUAAGCCAUGACAGCAAGCCUUUGACAAGGGUAGUGAAUAAUCUGCAGGUGACUGAUUCCGAAAUAAAAUCCCCAUUUGAUGAGCCAUUUAUAGUAAAAUCUUCUUUACCACCUAUUCAAAGACCAGGAAAAAAGAAGAUGAAUGCCACAGCCAUUCAUAACGUGCUACAUCUGGGUGGCAUGAGCACAGGGGUUUACCCUGCCACAUUUUUGGAGGAAAUAAUUUCAGACAUUUUUCUACACCUCUGUACCUCGUUGUGGAGCAAAAAUGAAAACAUCACCGAAGCACAGCUCCAUGAGAUGAAUAUAUUAGGGGUCAACUCCGUGGUGAAUGAGUUUAAUAAUGCUCAAGUUACUGUUUUACGGGAUGCUGAAGAGAAGGUCUGUUUUCCACCAGUUUAUAAAGAAACUGUUAGUAAUAUUGUUCACUCAGUUUAUAAUGAUGUUUUACGGAAAUAUGAAUUGCAAGAGACUUGUGGUGAUAAUCUGGCACAUGUUGUCACCUCAGUAGCUGAACAAAUAACUAAUGGCAUAUUGAUAGAAAUUUUAGACUAUGAACUCCCAUUGUGUUUUGUAGGAAAGCUUAUGCCCAAUUCGUAUUACCCUCUCAAAGCCAAAAACAUACUGCACAAACUUCAAAAUAGCCUGAGAGAACUUAAUUACCCAGCUCAGCUUUCGAUAGGCUAUACCACCAUACUAUCACACUCAUUUUUAGAAGAUGUCAUCAGAAGGUUAUUAUCUCAGCUCUUUCCUCUACCCAGCAAGGCCUCAUGCCUAAGAAAGAAGUAUUUCAACAUUUCAGAUUUUAAUGAGAUAUCCACCUGUAUAAUAAAAAAGGUUAUGUUAGCCAUUUCAAAACAUAAGAUUUGGCUCACUAAAUCUGAUCAUCACUAUCUAUAUAUGGAAGAAGACCUACAUAAAGUGGCGGAGUCUGUUUAUAGUAAUAUUUUGCAAGUAUCUGGCUCUCUUGUGUCAAUACAGAAAAGUCUAGUAAGCCAAAGCCCAAUUAUGGUUGACCGAAUGGCCAGUCUUAUUAUUCAAGUGGUUAUUGAAAAUCAUCUUCAACCCUUUUUGUGUGGAGAGUGCAUCCCUCGUCCAAGGACUCCAAUGGAUGAGAUAUCAUGUAUGGUUAGAGGAGUUCUCACUGAAGCCACAAAAUCACAUAGAUCCCAGAAGCCAUUAUCACUAAAUAUGGGCAUUUACCCUAAGGCAUUUGUAGAAGAAGUCACUGCCAAGCUUAUAACAAAGAUCUUCAGUCCACAAUGUAACACUGAGCUUGAGCUUGAAAAGAUUACUCAAAAAAUUGUCAACUCAAUAAAUAACCAUUUCAACAAAGCUAAAAUCUGCCUUCUUUGUGAUGACAAAGAGCCAACUUUAUCCAUAUUAGAUACAGAUACGAUGGAUGAACUCGUCAAGUCAGUUUAUAGGGAUAUUCUGAAACAGCAUGGGCUGGCCCCUGGUACUGAUAACAAAGAACUCAAAGGCAGUGAUAUCUUUGUGGAAAGUAUUACCAACUCACUUGUAGCAUCAAUUUCCAACUACCUUUUGCAUCCACUGUUUUCUGGGGAUUUGUCUGCUUAUUGUUAUUGUACUUUAACCGCAGAGAACAUUGUUCAAAACAUCCUUGGUGGCUUCAGUAAAUCUACGAAACCAAGCAACCACUUAUUCCCGUAUAACACAUUGCUGCCAUACACAUUUUUCGAAGACAUAAUCAGAAUGCUGUUAUCUAGAAUUUUUCCUCCAGCACACAACAGGGUUCCGUACAGGGAAACCCCAACAACCAGAGUAGAAGUUAAUUUCAAUGAAAUCUCUUCACAGCUAAUCAGUGAUAUUAGGAUGAAAAUUUACCAACAUGAAAUUCGAUUUGCAAAAGAUGACGAAGUAAGCACGUUUGCUUAUUCAGAGGAUGAUGCUCAGCAUCUCAUUGAUUCAGUAUUCAGAAAUAUUUUGAAAAACUCCGAAUCUCAAGAAGCAGUGGAGCCUCAUCUCAUAAACAGUAACAAUGUUCUGAUUGAUAGAAUAGCCGGCUUCAUCAUUAAAAAUAUCUGUGAACAACAUCUUAGUCCAUUUGUAUAUGGAAAGUCAUUCUUGCCUUCAUCCUAUCCCUACUUUGAUGGUGCACAAAGGAAGCAGUUUUUUGUUGGUAUUUAUUCCUCAAUCUUUUUGGAAGAUGUGGUCUCUGGAGUUUUAAGCAAAAUUUUCCACCGGGUGAUAGGCAUUGUACAAACAAAAUCAGUAAGAGAGUCAGAAAAAGAACUGCUAGAAACAGCUGAGAAACUCAUAUAUUUGAUAACAGAAGAAUUCUCCAAAGGCCAAGUUAGCAUCCUAGAAAAUGCUAAGGAACAAUUGUGUUUGCCACCUGUGGAUAGAGAUGUAGUCAUGAAAACGAUUGGAAUCGUGUAUAGCAGAGUUUUACAAGAAUAUGCAAUGGAAUCCGAUAAUGAUUUUCUCCAUGACACAAAGACAUUGGCUAAGAGGAUAACUAAAAUUAUACUGGCUGAAACGCUUGAUUUCCAAAUUCAUCCACAUUUCCUCGCAAAGCUGUCUUUUAAAUUAUAUUCAAAACUCAAUGCUGAAGUUUUAAUAAAGAGAGCUCAAUAUGAUAUUAGUAAGGCAAAACUCCAAAGACAAGCUUCCACCAUCUACACCACUAUAUUAUCCCAUAGUUAUUUGGAAAAAAUAGUCACUCAGAUUUUAUCGCAGAUAAGUCCAGUAGAGUAUAGUACAGAAGACCCAGGCCCUUCACAACCCUAUUUAAGUAACACAGUCCUGAGACUGAUCGAUGAAACCAUGUCAGUAAUUUCCAAACAUGCGAUAUGUAUUACUACACAUGGAAAUGGAAAACAAAAUGUGAUUUCAGAAAAAGAGCUCCAGGAUAUAGUUGAUGCUAUCUUCAUUGACCUUUCUUCUUCGAAUGUAUACCAGUCUCUCGCAAAAGAUAAAAAAGGUGUCAAUGAUGUAUCUGUUACAAAAAUAGCGAGUCAUGUAAUAAAACAAAUCUUUAACCAUCAUCUUCAGUCAUUUUUAUCUGACGAUAGAACUCUUCCUUCAGGCCCAGUUGAACAAACUUACAAACAGAGACCCAGAGAUCCUAAGCAAAAAGAAUUGACUUUCAUUGUGAAUUCAGCUGCCUUUUUGGAGGAAGUUAUUUCUGAACUUUUAUGCAAAAUCCUUUAUGCCUUCUCACAUAAUGUUUUAGCUGCCGAAAAUUCAUACAAAGCCAAAGUCAGCACAACUGACAUUGUUACAACCUUGGUAAAAUCAAUUGUGUUGGAGUUCUCCACAUCGGAAAUUUCAGUUGCAGAUAACUUGGAUGAAAAUCUGUAUUCUUCAGAAAGAUAUAAAGAAAUGGUACAAAAAACCGUCACCUUAAUUUAUGAAAAAAUAUUAGAUGAUUAUAAAUCUCUAAUUCAUGUUUAUAAGGCUAUCCAAAGUGAUGCUGUCAGUUUUGGAAGAAAAAUAUAUUAUUUGCUCUUAGGAGAAAUUUAUGAUUAUCAGGUGGAGUCAUUAGUUUCAGGAGAAUUAGCAACUUCUUACUCUCCCCUGCGGGAGGAGAACAUCAUCAGAAAUGUGCUCAGUACCAUCAAUGAUAGUGGCCACAUCCUACCAUCAUGCACAACUGUAUUGCAUCAUUCCAUUUUAGAAGACAUAGUUUAUAAGCUUCUAACAUAUAUAUCCCCUUUACCUUCAACUGAAACCAAACUAAAAGGGGAAGAAGAAUCACCAGAUUAUGAAUUUGUGGAUGCAGCUUCAAAACUAGCUGAUGAAAUUAUGUCAGAAAUUUCUCAACAUGAGAUUCGACUUGCCACAGCAGAGGAGCAAGCAGAAAUUACCCAGUUAGGAGUAACUGAGAACUUUAUUGACUCCAUGUGUAACAAUAUCAUGAGGAAGUUUAAGUUACAAGCCAAAGCACAGAAAGAUGCAAGCAAACAGGAUGGCUCGUUUAUCAGGAGAAUAGCAGGUUUCAUUAUGGAGGAAAUUAUGGAUUAUCAUCUGAAGCCGUUUUUACAUAAUGAAGAAUCAUCUGCCAGCAACUUACCUGGAAAGGACCGCGUUGGUGAACUCUGUGAUCCUGGUAAAGAAAAAACACUGCCUUCCCCACAGUGCUCUGUGUAUUCUGCAACAUUUUUAGAAGAUAUUAUAAUUGACCUAGUUCACAAAUUUUAUACUCUCCCAAGUAGUCCUAAAGAUCCUAAGAAAGACAAAGAAAUAUCGGAGGGAGACCUCAUGGGCAUGGCUAUAAAAUUUGCAAAUGCCCUGAUAGGGGAGUUUAGGAGAAGUAAAAUUAAAGUUCUAGAAAAUGCAGAAGAAAUAUAUUAUUUUCCACCAAUAGAUAAAGACACUGUUGAUAAAGUAUCCAGUUCUGUAUAUGAAGAAGUCAUGGAAGUAUAUAGAUUGAAUAAUGUCCAGAAAGAUGACAGCAGUAACAUAGUUAUAGAGGUGAUUGCUGCUUUAACUAAGAAAGCCAUCUCCGCAUUCAAAAUUCAACCGCUCUUUUCCGGCGAUUGGUCUUCUACAUUCUUUUCAUCUAUAGAUGCGGAUAGCAUCAUCCAAAAGAUUCAACAUCUACCAUAUAAAACCUCGACAAAGAAUGACAGAAACUCAGUGGGGAACUCGCUUGCUCAAGUAGAACAGUUGUCUAGAUUGACUCUCCUAACAUCAGGCCUGAGAAAUAAGACUGAUACUUUGCCAAGAGGUAGAGGUACAAGUAAUACAAAAGAGAAUUUCAAAAAGGAGGAGACAUCAAAGGAAGUGGGCAGUAUCCACAAGCCAGUAUAUACUGCUGGAACUGGCAUUAUGAAAAGCAAAGUAAUUCCCCUAGCAGCCAGUUCAGCUCAAAGUGUGGCAAAUAAAAAGAAAGGGGAUAAGACGAAAAAGGAAUGUACGAUUAGAAAAGACAAUGAGAAGGUAUCAGAACUUACUUUUCCAACUACCAGUGUGAAGAGUAAGGAUAUGGAUAUUCAGGGGCCUUAUUUGGACGCACCACUUGCAAAGAAUGAGGAAGGGCCCAGUGAAAGGGUAUAUAACCAUUUUUCAGAAGCCCCUGACAAUAGAAAAAACAAGAAGGUUGUCCUGGAACCAGAUUUUAAAAUAGGUGAUAAAAAGCAAGGUGAUGAUACUAGAAAAAGUAUAUUAGAAAAAGGGGAUGAACCCCUUGAAAUACUUCCUUGGAAGUCCGUGGGAAGAAAAAGAGAGAUUCGAGACAGAAAAGACUCUCCAGUUUGCAGAGUUACAGAGGGCAAACAAAUCUGGAACCCUGAACUUGUCCAAACUGUCACUAAAAACCUUUACAGCAAUAUUUUUGAAAUGUCUUCUCUUCACAGACCAGCUGAUGAUUCAAAAUUGCAACAUCCUCUAGGUGACAAAGUGUCAUAUGUAACUCAGGUGCAUGGCAAGAAUUUUGCUUCAACGAAGAAUUCAGCCCCCUCAGCUUCUAAUGAAGAUGAAGUUCCUCCAAAUGAGGAAGGGAAAGAGAAAAGUAACAAUAAAGAAAUCCAAAGUAAACUUGGUCAACCAGAUAGUCCACAGAACCCACCAGAAAAGAAACCUGGGGUUUUGCCUGCUGGAUUUUUGGAAGAUAUUAUAGCCGAAUUAGUUAACAAAUUAGUAUUUUCUUCCUUGCCAGAUACACACGAUGACUAUCAAGAUGUAACCAAUGAUGUAAAUCCAGCUGAGCUCUGUGACAUGGCUAUGAAACUGAUGGAUGCCCUGUUAAAAGCAUUUUCAGAUGCUCAAAUUAAGGUAUUGAGUCCAGAUCAGGGGAAUGAGCAGAUGAGAAAAGGAGCUAAAAUGUUACCACUUCGUAAAGUACCUCUCGGGCAAAAAGAACCAUCUGCAGAUAAAACACCACCCAUGAUAACAGUAAUUCCUAUGGAUAAAACACCACCCAUGCAUAAUAUGGCCUCAGUAACUAACAUACCUUCAGAUGAAGUACCUCUUAUGGCUAAUAAACCAUCAGUUGACAAGAUAUUGGUCAAUAAGGUUGUUCACUCCUCUCUAUGCAGUAUUUUGCAGGAAUACAGGUCUCAAGAGUCCAUUUGUAAGGACAUAAAUAGUAACGGUGACAAUUUAGCAAGAAGGCUAGCUAGUGCAGUAAUGCAAGAGAUUUUUCAACACCAGCUACACUUUUUAGUUGGUGGUAAGGCUCCGUCUUCAUUACAGUUGCCUCUAGAAUCAAAGGAAGUUAUUAAAAAGCUCCAAAAGAUGACCCAAACAGCAUGCAAAGAAUGUCAGACAUCAUCUCCAUAUACCAUAAUGCUGCCUCAUGAAUUUUUAGAGAAUAUAAUUUCUUCUCUUCUAACAAAAAUUUUCUCAACAGUAGUAGCCAACACUAAAACAGAAAUAGCUGAGGACAGUUUUUGCACAGAACUGGAUUUCCUUCAAACGAAGUUAGUAAGUACAGUCAUGUUGCAAAUUUCCAAAGAUGAAGAUGUGACCAUACAGUAUGUAGAAUCCUUAAAUCCUAAUGAUGAUGAACUUACUCCAUUAGUGGUUCAGACUAUUUAUAAUAAUCUUCUCCCACAAUUUGGAUCACAGGAGAUCAUACAACACUGUGUCAUCAAUGGUUGCAGAAUCCUUUCUGAAACCAUCGUUACUUUAGUUUUACGAGAAGUGGCUGGAAAUCAAUUGCAAGACUAUUUUUCUGGAGGGCUGUCCCCAAAUCAGUGUGCUGCGGUAGACUAUGUAGUUGAAAACACACUUCAAAAUGUCAUCCAAAGCCUUAAGAUUGUCCAGCCCCAGUUAAAACUGCCUUUUAACAUCAUAGAAGAAAUUGCCGUCAAUUUUUUAUUGAAGCUUUUAUCUAUGUUUCCUAAGGUGAACAAGGAACAAAACAGUUCUCGAAAUGCUGAAAUGCAAAAAAUAACCACAAAAAUUCUAAGUUCACUUCAAGAAUAUAUCUCCAAAAGUCAUAUUAAGGUGGUACCACAGGCUAAGGAAGAUAGCACCAUAUCUUUGACAGACAGCACAACUAUUGAAAAAGUAGUUACUUCUGUGUACAACAGUGUUUUAAAGCACUCUGGUUCACAUACUUCCAUGUAUAAAGAUUUAAUGGGUCAGAGUAGCGUCCUCUCUGAUAUAAUUGGGUUUUUAAUGGUGAAGGAGAUCUCCAACUCAGAAUUGCAACCACAAAUGGAGGAAGAAGCCUCCAAUUCAGAAUUAGUUCUGGAAGCUGUCGCAAUUAUGGACAAAGUGAUUAAAAUUAUCAAUGACCUGAAGUCACAGGAAAAGCCUUUAUCCGGAAAAUGUUCUGCAUUAGAUGUCAUAUUUUUAGAAGAAACAUUGGCCUUGUUCUUGGCUAAACUAAUGAAAUGGCCAUGUGCCUCCAACCAAAAUGCUAACAAAUUAUCAAAGCCUGAGUUAAACAAAAUUGCAUCUCAACUGACAAAAUCCGUGAUGGCUGAAAUUUUCAAAAAUAACAUUAGUGUUGUAGCUAGUAAUCCUGAAGAGUCCCAUCUAAACCAAGAAAGUAUAGAACUGAUUUCUUGGGUAGUUGAUUCAGUUUACAAUCAUGUGCUACAGCAAUGUGGUACACAUGAGGACCUGUACCAUGAUAUAAGAGGUGCAAACAGAUUCUUUCCGAAACAAGUGGCUUCUUUAAUUAUUAGUAAAGUGUCAAAUUGUCCUUUAGAAACAAUUAGCUCAAAAGAUUCUAGCGCUGAUCUCUUUGGUAAUCUAGAUGUGGACAGGAUUGUUGAAAAGAUACAUGAGCAUGCUGACAAAACAGAGCCUGCACAAGAAGAAGAAAAGUUACAUCAGGAUUUAGCUACGUUUCCCGCAGCAACGGAUAUACUUCUUUGCCAUGGGAAACAGCCCAUCCAUGUCAGCCCAGACAUUGUUGGAGAACACCUAGGAGUCGUUUCCAUUAAAACACAACCUCUUGGGAAACUGAAAGUGGAGUGUUUAGAAAGAACUGAACAUAACUUAGAACUGAGAAAAGCUGCAAUCAGUGGGAGUAGCUACAGAGUAGACAUACCUGAUCCGGGCCAGAGAAAGAAAGAAGGGUGUGUCUCAUUGGAUCAGAGUGGACGGCUGGACAUAAAACCCUUUGAGGUAACCAGGAGGAAUUCCUUUCUGAAUUUAAGAAAGCCUGACAUUACUAGAGUGGCUCUUUUAAAAGAUGUCCGUGACAAAAAAGACCUUAUCAUUCAAUUGGUAACUCAUGAUAUUGACCGUGAAAACUCAGGAAAGAAUAUCGAAGAGGAUCUAAUUUCUUAUGACAACGAGGUUGUUUUACAAGAAGCUGUAAAAGAAGAAGAAUUUGAAAAUUUAGCUGAAGAUCAAGUAAAAGAAGACACAAAGCCAGUGGCCAGAACAGUGGCUUCUCCCAAUUCCAUGACAAGCAUGAGUAGUCUGAAAAAAAGGGUGUUGUUCAGCAAAUAUUUUCACCCCAAAUCCAGUCUAGCUCCCAAAAAUGUUAAGACACAUUCACCUCAGUUGACAGAAUCUGAGGAAACACAAAUGGAAAGUAUUCCUUCUGGCAUGGACGUGACCACCUCACAGUCAUCCACGGAUACAGACUGUUCUUGGGAGAGAGGCACACAGCUUAGCGUAAGUGAGAAAUGUGACUGUCAGUGA